AAGACUCGUGCGCACGACGUCAUUUUGCUCGCGAAUUAAUUAAUUAUUGCAAAUAAAAACAAGUUUCCCAGAACUUAUGGUAAAGUGAUUGUGUACGGUGUAAUCUGAAGGAGUGCAGUGAAAGUUGGUGCUAAAAACUUUGAAUUUGGAACGCUGGAACUCUGGGGUUUUCAAUUUGGCCGUGUUGUGUGCUACGUAAUAAUAAAACUCCAUUUGAGAUGCAGGAAGGGCUAGAAGCUCUCUAAGCUAUUCCCAACUAUGGGCAGUUCCAAAUUCCUCAUUCUACAAAACACUACGAUGGCCGAAGGCAAGAAAUCCAUAAAGAACAAACUCAUCAAACCAUUCGUCGCAUUAUUCCGAAAGAACAAGAAAGACAAGACAAAUGAAAUUGCAACAAACAAGCUUGCAACUACAAAUGAAAAUGCAACAAACGAAAAACGUGAAGAAGCGCCUUUCAAUAAUCUUCUGAAAAAGCUUGAGAAACUCGAAAUUGAUAAAAAAGCGAGAGAAGCUGCAACAAAGUUCGACAAGGAUUCAAUUUGUGAUUCAGACAGUGAAAUUGAUAAGGAACUGCAAGAAAAAUUCAACAAGAAACCAAGAAACGAUGGUACAUCAGUUUACAAUAAACAAGACAACAAGAAUGAUAAAGAAUUGGACAAAUUCGACGAAAAAGCAAUAAAUAACGUAAACCAUAAUAACCAAGAUAACGAUUCAGUUAUAGAUAAUGACGAUGCAGAACUUUUGGAGAAAUUCAAUGAAUUGGAAAUCGAGAAGAAGGAAGUUUCACAAGUUGAAGAAGAUGAGGAAGAAUUAAAGAAGUUCUCCACUAAAAUUGUAAUUGAUGAUGCUAGAGCUUCGAGGAUAGAUUCUCAAUCUUCUGAGGACAGCGGUUUUGCAGACAAAUGCUCUCUUAUUGAAUCUGAUGAAGAGAACUUGGAUAAAGAUGUUGAUAGGAUAGAAGAGAAGGGGGGAGAAGAAGAAGAGAAGAAAGAAGGUGCGAAACAGAAGAAAUUGCACAAGGCUUACUUGAGGAGGGGUCCCAUUAAAAGUAAUAAAAGGAUACAAGCGCCUGCAUCGGCGCCAUACCCUUGUGAGAUAAAUCUGAACCCCCAAAUCUACUCUGGCGGUCAAGUAAUCAUCAACUCAAACCAAUUCCAACCACCUCAACAAGCAUCAACCCCAUCAAUCUUCAUCGAGGCAUCAACUAAUCAAUAUCCACCAACCACUGAACUGCCCAACGAAAUCGACAUAUCCUCUUAUCUAUCCCAAGAAGAAAUCAACACAUGCUGUAGCAUCCUCCAAAUCGAGUUACCCCAAACCCAAAUCCCCAAUAUCGACAACUCACCCCCAACUCAAUACAAUUUCAACUUAAAUACAACCCAACCAUUAAUCCCAGAACUGGAUUUACCCACAUUUGACGAUAUAAGCGAAAAUGUCUUGAAAGAUUUAGAUCCAUAUGUCCUAACACCCCCAAGUUCAGUACACAGCCAUUUCAUGUACUCCCCUCAAAAUCGGAACAUAGAAUCACCGUUAAAAUCCAUUGAUACAUCCCCUGAAAGUGAUGCUUUAUCCUGGAAUGAAGAUCUUGAGCAGUUCAGGGAUAUCACCCCAAACGAUCAAUUAUUUUCACCCCCUCUGGAUGCAGAAAUAAGGGAAACCACCCCAGUAGAAUCUCCAAGGCUUUACAAAAACUUGAAGCAUUACAAGGAUCGUCAGAAAGAAAUGGAGAAAGAGUUCUCCAGGAUGGAGUGUUGCCAGAUUAUUCAGAAACCGUGCAAGGAGAUUUUCAACGAGCACUUGCAGAAAUUGCAAGAAGGAGAGAGGAGGAAAUUGUGUUACAGUGUUGCCAAUUUGGAGCUGAGAUCUGCUUUUGGCGUCCUAAUCCACACACUACUAGACCUGUCCAGGAGUGAUCAGCCCGAGGACCUGAAGAUGGCGCUGUUCUGUCUAGCUUGCGAAAAGGUUCUGUCAACUCAAAAGACGCUCUUCCUAGAGGAUUUCGGUUUGAACUUACUACAGUUCGCGGUACUGCGUUGCUACAAGCGGCCGGUGAUCACUCGCUAUCUGGUGCAAUGCAUUCGCGUAGUCACCAGGAGUGUCGAAUACAAAUGCUCGAACAAGAUCGUUUUCACUGAGGUGGACGCUAACGGCGACAACUUGCUGAUCGCAUGCGUGCGAGAAGGCGACAAGUGCGCGAACGUGCUGCGCGAGCUUGUUCGCGUCGACGACAACGACGUGCCGCUGUUCGACGUGCACCACGUCAACACUGACGGUUACACGGCGCUGCACGUGUGCUGCAGCGAGCACAGCGCGCGUGCGCCGCGCGCGCACACGCUGCACGUGCUGCUGCGGCACGCCGGCGCCGAGCGCGAACGACAGGAUCGCAAAGGGGGUGAGACCCCCCUCCACCUGGCAGUAAACUCCGCCAACUGCUCUCUGGACAUGAUCCUGAUCUACUUCCACCACAUCGAGCGCGGCCAGUGGUACAGCCUCGCGCAUAUGAAGAACAGCAGUGGAAAAAAUCCUUUGGAAUACGCGAAAUUUGGAAAAAAAUCGAGACCGAACUACCCACGAGAAAUACUGGAUUUCCUCGAGAGAUGCAGAAAAUGAAGAAAGUAAUAAUUAUUUUUAAUAAAUUGUUAAAUGUAAAAC